GUACCAAAGUAUCAAAAUAAACGGAAAAGUACUCGUUAUGCAGAUUGUUUUAUAUAUUCUAAGUAUAUUAUUUAUUAUUGUUGAUGCAUUUAUGAAGCUGCUUUUAAUUUUCUCGAGGUUCAUUUGAACUUUUUAAUAUUCUGUUAUGAUGUUUAAUGGAAAAUAAACAGUCUAAUCACUUGAAACUGAUCCUGUUUUUAUGUUUCAGGAUCUGAAGCUGUCAGAUAAAUGUAAAAAUAUAAAGUUCAUAAUAUGGAAAUACUCAAAUAAAGUACAAGAACCUCAGUUACAUUCCUCCAUAAAGAAUAUUCUGGACUUAUUCAGCUGUCAGUCAAACCAGUCAUCUCCCCGUUGAACCCUAUGAGGAACAAAGAGGUAAAACCAGAGACUUCUUUAAAAGAACCUGAAAACCUGCUGACGAGGUUUCUGGAUCCUGGAACCAACCAGCUGUUCAAAGUCCACAUUUAUAUUAAUGAUGAUUCUGUUUUAUGUUUCAGAUUUACCUCCAGACGUCCAGAAAGUGGUUGUUGUUAAAGAGGAGCAGCAGGACUGGAGCUGCAGCCUGGACCAGGACCAGAACCAGGACCAAGACCAAGACCUGAACCAGAACCAGAACCAAGACCAGAACCAGGACCUAGACCAGGAGCCCCGACACAUUAAAGAGGAGCAGGAGGAGGUGUGGAGCAGUCAGGAGGGGGAGCAGCUUGAAGGUCUGGAGGAGGCUGAUAUCACCAAGUUCUCCUUCACUCGUGUCCCUGUGAAGAGUGAAGAUGAAGAAGAGAAACCUCAGUCCUCACAGCUUCAUCACACACAGACUGAACACAUGGAAACAGAAGCUGCUGGAGAGGACUGUGGAGGACCAGGACCUCUCAGGACCGACUGUGGAGGACCAGGACCACUCAGGACCGGCGGUCCAGAGGAGCAGACUGGAGACUCUUCUGAACCGGAGACUGAUGACAGCGCAGACUGGGAGGACUCCACAGAACCUCCUUCAGGUUCAACCGCUGAGAAACCGUUCAGCUGCUCCGAGUGUGGGAAAUGUUUUGGAACCGGAGGAUAUCUGAGGAGACACACAAGGUCUCACACCAGAAGGAAACCGUUCAGCUGCUCCGUUUGUGAGAAGUCUUUCACGUCCAGUGGACAUCUACUGGCACACACCAGAACCCACACGGGAGAGAAACCGUUCAGCUGCUCUGAGUGCGGGAAAACCUUCGGAACCAACCAACAUCUAAAGAAACACGUGAGAACUCACACGGGGGAGAAACCGUUCAGCUGCUCCUUCUGUGAGAAAUCUUUCUCCCAGAGCGGACACCUUCAGACGCACCUGAGCGUUCACACGGGAGAGAAACCCUUCAGCUGCUCAGUGUGCCACAAAGCUUUCACACAGAGUGGAAGUUUACAGAAACACAUGAGAACUCACACGGGAGAGAAACCGUUCAGCUGCCCCAUCUGUAAGAAGUCUUUCACCCAGAGCGGACACCUACCUGCUCACCUGAGCGUCCACACGGGGGAGAAAACCUUCAGCUGCUCCGUCUGUCUCAAGUCCUUCACAGAGAGCAGAAACUUGAAGCGACACAUGAGAACCCACACGGGAGAGAAACCAUUCGGCUGCUCCCAGUGCGGGAAAACAUUCACAACCAACCAACAUCUGAAGAAACACGAGAGGACUCACACGGGAGAGAAACCGUCCAUCUGCAGCGUGUAGAGCUGUAUUGUAUUGUAAAUAUUCUGACCUGAGUUACAGGAAACCAGCAGGAGUCCAAAGAGGGACGCUCCGGACCAGGUGGACAUGUUGGACACACAGAGACUGAAGGGUCCUUUAUUGUUGUGCUGAGUUGUGCUUUAAGGUAACUCGGGAUGGGAAUAGUUGAUCAAUGAUGGAGUUUUAUCUGUUGCUUGUCUGUCCGUCCUGGGAGAGGAUCCCUCCUCUGUCUCUCCAAGAGCUUUCUUCUUCUUUUUCCCUCUUAAAAUGGUCUUUAGAGGAGUUUUUCCCUGUUAACCCUGCCUCAUGGGACUUUUCCAGAACUUAUAAAUCAUGGUGAAGAUGACUAUAGCGGAGGGAGCUCAGAUAUAACAGCUAUAAGCUCUCAGAUACUUUUUGAAUUUCAUUUCUAUCUGCUACAGAGGCUGAAAAAUCUAUUAUUUAGUAGGAAGAGUUGACACUUCUGUUGAAUUUACAGAAAAACUUCAGGUUUUAGGGGCUUAUUUCAAAAUCGCCCAGAGGUUUUACAGGCAGUUUUUACAGCCGUUUUAGCACUAAAUGGGUUAAAGGGGUCUUUAGAGCAGUUUUCACCCUGUUGUUAAAAGGGUUUUGAUGAGUUUUUCCCUGUUCCUCUAAAAACC